GCUAUCAAUAGGAGGGGACAGGCAUUCUCUGUCUCUCUCUCUCUCAGUACAGGCCUCUUAAAAUAGACAGGGCAACUCAAGAAGCCAUUUCGCCUCCGGUGGAAAAACACAUCAGGGUCUGGGAUUGCGACACCUGUUUCACUCUGACAGUCUAGCUUUCUUCAUUCUGACCAGGAUCACCAUCACUCUGGAAACUUGCAUAACUCUACUCUCUUCCUCUACACAAUUCAUUUUCAUUUUUUUCCACAGCAUUCCUUCUGACAUGAUUAAAGCAUGAAAAAACUGAUGGCUUUAGGCCAAAAACUCUGUCCGGGGUCACGGGGAGACCUGGACCUGAAGAAACCGGCUGGAGCCUGCAAUGGUCUAGACGCGCCGGAGGAGAAGAUGAUCAUGAGGAGGGAGAUUUCUCUCACUAACGGCAUCUGCUUAAUUGUGGGCAACAUGAUUGGCUCGGGCAUUUUUGUGUCGCCCAAAGGUGUGUUGAUGUACAGCGCCUCCUACGGUCUUUCGCUGGUCAUCUGGGCUCUCGGGGGAAUAUUUUCUGUCUUUGGCGCACUGUGUUACGCAGAACUUGGAACCACUAUCACAAAGUCUGGCGCUAGUUAUGUGUACAUCCUGGAGGCCUUCGGGGGUUUCCUUGCUUUCAUUCGGCUGUGGACAUCCAUCCUGCUGGUCGAGCCAGCCAGCCAGGCGGUCAUCUCGCUGACGUUUGCCAACUACCUGGUGGAAGCGCUCUUCCCAACCUGUCAGCCUCCGUACGAUGCCGUGAGACUGAUAGCAGCGGCUUGUCUCUGUAUUCUGAUCUUCAUAAACUGUGCUUACGUGAAGUGGGGCACUUUGGUUCAAGAUAUUUUCACGUACACCAAGAUCAUGUCUCUGCUCCUCGUCAUCACAGUGGGCAUCAUUAAAAUAAUUAACGGAGAAACAAAGAACUUCAUUAGUCCAUUCGAGGGUUCCUCCACGGAGGCGGGCAGCAUUGCCCUGGCUCUUUACUCGGCUCUGUUCUCCUACUCUGGCUGGGACACGCUCAACUUUGUUACUGAGGAGAUCCAGAACCCUGAGAGGAACCUUCCCAUCGCUAUAGCCAUCUCCAUGCCAAUAGUGACAAUCAUCUACCUACUGACCAACGUGGCAUACUAUGCCGUUCUGGACAUGCCUUCUUUCAUGGGUAGUGAUGCAGUGGCUGUAACAUUUGGAAAUCAGGUGCUGGGCCCCAUUAGCUGGAUCGUCCCCAUCGCUGUGGCCAUGUCUUGCUACGGAGGACUCAAUGCCUCCAUCAUUGCCGCCUCCAGGUUGUUUUUUGUGGGGGCGAGAGAAGGCCACCUUCCCAACAGCUUAAGCCUGAUCCACGCUGAACGCUACACUCCUGUACCUGCACUCCUCUUCAAUGGCGUGAUGGGUCUGAUCUUCCUGUGUGUGGAGGAUGUGUUUCAACUCAUCAACUACUUCAGCUUCAGUUACUGGCUGUAUGUGGGUCUGUCUGUGGCCGGACUCAUUUACCUGCGAAUCACUCAGCCUGACAGACACAGGCCGGUCAAGCUCACAUUGUUCUUUCCCUUCAUCUACUGCCUGUGCAGUGUGUUCCUCGUGAUCGUUCCUCUGUACAGCGACACCAUUAACUCUCUCAUAGGAAUCGCCAUCGCACUGUCUGGAGUGCCAGUUUAUUAUCUGUGUGUCUACCUGCCCAAAGAGAAACAACCAAAAUGGUUUGGUAAACUGAAUGAUUCUGUCACCAAAUACACUCAGAUCAUGUGCGUCUGCUGCUUAACUGACCUGGAUGUGGAGCCAGAGAAGUUGGCAGAACCGAAGACCCAAUAACUCUUUCAAGAGCACAUGCCUGGAGCAUGGAUUCCAUCUCUGAGAAAAAGAAAGACACUUUUUGUCAAAAACAAAUACCUCAUGGAUUUAUAAACGUCUAGUACGUAUAUCUCAAAGAGGUCAAAUUCUGACGAUGUCUCCAAGAUAUCCAAGAUAGCUCAGUUUAACUGAAAAGCAAAAUACUUUGUGUAAUUUAUCAUACUGGUGUCUUUCAUUACUUUUUGCCAUUUUUUUAUUUCAUUUAUUCUGUCAAGGUCUAAAUGAAGUUCCUUGUUAAACCAUUGACUGAAAAGGAUUGUGCUUAAAGAUACUGGGAGACAUUGGACUUCUUUUUAGUUUCAGACUUGGUCCAAGAAGCUGAAUGUACACGCAAACUGGACGACAUUUUGGGACUAUGGUAUAGACCCGUGGGACUUUCUUGUAAAAAAAAAAAAAAAUGCACAUUUAUUUUUUGUACUGUUUGUCAGAUGCAGUAAAAACUGAAGAGUUUUCGAAAUUGAGUUGUGAAGUUCAAAGAUUAGUGAUUUUAUCAUUUUGAUAUUAGUGCACUUUUUUUCUGUAUGACAACUACACUUAGUGUCUGGUUGUCUGUAUUUGAUGUCCUUUGUUCAUUUGACAAAAGAAAACAGGAAGUAUCACUUAGACGUCACUGAAUAUAUCUGGAGUGUUCACGUAAUUUCAAAGGUCUUAGAAAGUGGUCAGCUUUGAUUUGGCUUUCUGCCUUACAGAUGUUAUUUGAACACUUUCAUAGAUAAUGCUGGGUUGAUUUGGAAUAUGUUGUGAUUGAUGGGUCAUGGCUUCUAAAAAGAAGCUAAAAAUAGAGAAAACUGUGGCCGUCUGGGAGCUCCAGUGUCAGAUGUCCAGGUGUUGAUAGUGAGAGCGUCCAAACAUAACAAUCCAAACAUUUUAUGAACUCAUUAGAUCUCAUUUCCAUCUGUCUCGCACCUCUGUCAGUGUAUGUCCAACUUUGAUGCAUUUAGCUUGCUCUUGUUUUGUUUUUUUUGUGGUUGUUGGUUUCUGGUUUCAUACAACGAUUGAAAUAAAAGUAAAUCAGAGGAUGUGUCAUAACAGAGCUGAACUUCUGACUUUACUAUGUGCGUCAUGGAAAAUAAGUAAA